CGUUCUAUAUCCAUGAUGCAGCUGCCAGCCUCUCUCCUCAACGCUUCGUCCUACCUGGGACCGUCCCCCGAGGGCAAGGAGCUCCUGCCCCGAGCCGGCUUCAUCACCCUCUCCAUCGUCAUGGCUAUGUUCACCGUACCGGCCAUUGUGUUGAACUCCACGGUGAUCGUGGUGUCGCUGAUGAACAAGCAGCUGAGGCAACCUCUGAACUACGCCCUGGUCAACAUGGCCGUAGCUGACCUGGGGACAGCGCUGACUGGUGGGGUUCUGUCUGUGGUCAACAACGCUCUGGGGUACUUCUCCCUGGGACGGACCGGCUGUAUCAUAGAGGGAUUCUCUGUGGCUCUGUUUGGUAUCACGUCACUGUGCACGGUAGCUCUGAUUGCCAUAGAGAGGAUGUUUGUGGUGAGCAAGCCGCUAGGACCAAUCUCGUUCCAGACCAAGCAUGCGGUUGGGGGUGUGGCCUUGUCAUGGGUUUGGUCUCUCCUCUGGAACACCCCGCCCCUAUUCGGCUGGGGAAGGUACGAGCUGGAGGGCGUGGGGACAUCGUGCGCCCCGGACUGGCACAACCGGGACCCCAAUAAUGUGUCAUAUAUCCUGUGCUACUUCCUGCUGUGUUUCGCCGUGCCCUUCCUCAUCAUCGUGGCCUCUUACUCUAAACUCAUUUACACCUUAAGACAGGUCUCUGCAAUGGGCUGUAUAGAAGGGGGUGCAGCAGCCAAGGCGGAGGCUAAGGUGGCCCGCAUGGUGGUUCUGAUGGUGGUUACUUUCCUGGUCAGCUGGCUGCCCUACGCUACCCUGGCCCUCGUGGUGGUCUCCCACCCUGAUGCCCCCAUCAGUCCUCUGCUGGGCACUGUGCCAGUCUACCUGGCCAAGAGCAGCACAGUGUACAACCCUCUCAUCUACCUCUACAUGAACAAACAGUUCCGGAGAUAUGCAGUGCCCUUCCUGCUGUGUGGGAGGGACCCAUGGCCAUCUGAGGAGGAGGGGUCAGAGAUGCAGACCACUGUGGCAACCAUCAACAACAAAGUCUCCCCCAGUUGAUCCAUAAAGGCAUUUAGAUAAAUCCACUGAUGGCACCAGCAGCACCAAUAAAGUGUCACUCAUAUUCUAUGCCUUUUUUAAUACAUUCAUUAAAUAUACCUAUAUAUAAAUAAAUA